CCGCCGCCGCCCUGCCGCAGCCGCCGGCAUCUUCCCGUUCUUACUCCAUCGUCGUGGACGCGUCCAAACCGCGGAGGAGGCCGCUGAGGCACUUCUGGAGGAGCACAGGAUUUUGUCCUCCUUUGCCGCACAACAAAGCAGAUGUGUUUGACUUGAGUAGGGAUCAGCAGAUUAACCUCGCAUAUAUUGCCUCAGUCCCUCAUAAUGGUAUCGAGCAAGUUCGCAUUCACUGGCUAUUGGAGUUGAUCACAGCCAAAGAGAUGAAUGGCAAACUUAUGUACAACUUUACAAACUUGGAUCGUUUCAUCCACCUUUUGUGGGAGAAUGGUCUUAAGCCAGGGUUUGAGCUUAUGGGAAAUCCAUCAGGCUACUUCACCAACUUUGAAGAGAAAGUACAGGUGAUUGAGUGGAAGAAUUUGAUCACCCUAUUGGCAAAAAGAUAUAUAGAUAUGUAUGGAGAGGCAUAUGUGUCUAAAUGGAACUUUGAAACUUGGAAUGAACCAGAUCAUCAUGAUUUUGACAAUGUAACAUUCACAAUUCAAGGAUUCCAAAAUUAUUACGAUGCAUGUUCAGAAGGUCUGAAAGCUGCUAGCUCAUUGCUCCAACUAGGUGGACCAGGCGAUUCAUGUCACCCUCUCCCACACUCACCUAUAAGUUGGGGCUUGCUGAAUCACUGUUACAAUGGGACCAACUUCUUUACUGGAGAGAUUGGAGUGCGACUAGAUUACAUUGCUUUGCACAAGAAGGGUGGAGGCAGCUCGUACCACAUCUUAGAACAAGAAAUGGAUACAGUUCAACAGAUCCUGGAACUUUUUCCUAACUUUAAGCCUAUUCCAAUUUACAAUGAUGAGGCUGAUCCGCUAGUAGGUUGGUCAAUUCCUAAAACAUGGAGGGCAGAUGUGACAUAUGCUGCUAUAGUUGCCAAGGUAAUAGCACAGCACCAAAAUCUGCUGAUGGCCAAUCCACUAAACUUCAACUUUGCAUUACUUAGCAACGACAAUGCUUUCCUGAACUACUACCCAAAUUACUUUACACAGAGAACUCUGAAUGCAAGGUUUCAAAUGAACAACACAAAGCCUCCCCAUGUACAGAUGGUUCGUAAACCAGUGCUCACAGUAAUGGGAUUAUUGGGAUUAUUGGGUGAGAAACAACUUGCUGUAGAAAUAUUACUCAGUGGACAAGCUGUAGAUUGGAACAGCACUUUGGGAGCACUGGCAAGUUCUCACAUGCCUUUAAAUUCAGAUACAUCAGAUAGUUGGCAGUCCACGGUACUCAUUUACAACAGUGAUGACAAUCAGACAUCCUCCAACAUUAGCUUGGUGACAGUCAACCUGACCAAUUUUCCCAUCCAAUCAGAGCUUGUGUAUGUCAUCUACCACCUGGACAACAAGGAUACCAAUCCAUACCAGCAGUGGAAGAAUCUGGGAAGCCCUGUUUUCCCCACAGUGGAGCAGUUUUGCAGUAUCAGAGGAAUGGAGGAUCCUGUGAUAGAGGGGCCAAUACCAUUCCCUCUAGAAGGCAACUUGACUUUGAAACUGCAGCUUCCUGUUCCCUCAGUGUAUCUCUUGCACAUCUGUGCAAAGCCUUAUGAACCUCCAAAGCAGACAACAGGUGUGAGAUUCAUCCCUUUGACAUUGGGUCAAGUGGCUGUUUUAUGGGAUGAUGGAUGUGUAAAUUCAAAAUGUUUGAAAACAUUUGAAGUUGAGUUUUCAGUCGAUGGGGAUGUGUAUAAGAGGAUCAAUUCCAGGGCGACCAUCUUCACUGUGUUUAUACAUUCUCCUCUGAACAAGAAAAAGGAACGAUCACAAGUAUCUGGUUUCUACCGAGUUCGUGCAGUGGAUUACUGGGGCAAGACUGGAGGGUAUUCAAACCCUGUUAAAUAUAUUGAAUAAAUCUUUUUUUAAAUUCUAAUCAAAAUAUUUGUAAUGACGAUGAUGGACUCAGAAAAUAAUAGUUUUGUGUGUAUGUAUUAAAGGAGAACUCAAAUGGUCAAAAUCAUAAAACAUUUUAACAGCAAA